CGCUCGCUCUGCAUAGAUCAAUAUGAAGCCAAGAAGAGGAGAUGUGUUAACUAAACAGCAGAUAGAUGAGUUCCAGGAAGCGUUUUGUUUGCUAGACAAGGAUGGGGAUGGAUGCAUUACAAUGAAGGAAUUGGCGACUGCAAUCAAAUCCUUGGACCAAAAUCCCACAGAGGAAGAACUUCAAAGCAUGAUUAAUGAGGUCAAUAGUGAUGGCUGUGGGACUAUAAAAUUUGAGGAGUUCUUGAAUCUUAUGGCUACAAAAAUCAAGGAGACUGAGAUCGAGGAGGAAUUAAAGGAAGCUUUCAAGGUCAUUGACAAGGAUCAAGAUGGUUACAUAUCUCCUAAUGAGUUGAAGCAGGUGAUGAUCAAACUGGGAGAAAAGUUAACGGAGGAAGAAUUGGAAGAGAUGAUGAGAGAGGCAGAUUUGGACGGUGAUGGCCAAAUUAAUUACGAAGAGUUCAUAAGGAUGAUAUUAGCUUUUUGAAAGGACUAGUGCAGCUGCUCGUGCUUCACAUGGAUUUUAUAUCUUACAGAUUUGUUGAGAAUUUAUGUUUGCCAAGAGAAUAUAUGUUUGCAAAAACUCUC